AUGGCUACCGUCACAAAAGAGAUUGCUAGAGGAAUUUUCCUCCAUAAGAGGCAAAUGCCAGUAAGCGAUAGAAGAGAAAAUGCAGAGCUUGUCUAUGUAUUCUCAGUCGAAGUUAAAACUCUUCAGAUUCUUGAUUUUCAAGCUGAUUUUACAGGGUCAGAAAAUAUUUUUAUUGAUGAUACUAAUUCCUCCAACUUCAUAUGUGAGAAAAUAAUUCAACCAAUGUCGAACGAAGUGGUUGCAAAACUUAUCCUAAGGAAAGAAUGGAAAUUGAAAAGUAAAUUUAAAUUCACAAUGAAGAAUCCUCCUCUUGAGAUCCAAAGAGAGCAUCUUAUGCCAUAUAUUGUCAAAGUCAACCAGAUGAUUGAGAAUGCUGAUAGAUAUUUAAGUGGCUAUCCCUAUGAGAUCAUGAAUAUGGAGUCAUUGGAGAACCAAGUAAAACAUACAGACUCAAAGUUUAUUGAUAUUAGCUUUGCUCCUAUUGAUGCAAGCGUUCAUAAUCUCAAAGAAAAUCCAUUUGAUGUUCUAGUGCAUUGGAGAAGACCAGAAGAUUUUGUAUGGGUAGACUAUUCCCAAGGACUUCUUGAGCCAAGUAUCUUCUAUGAAAGUAUAGAGCCUAAUGAUAUAAGGGAAGGUGCUCUCGGCAAUUCCUGGUUCACUUCAGCAUUGGCUACUCUUGCUGAAAGACCAGCUCUGAUCGAAAGAUUAUUCAUAAUAAAAGAAGUAAGCCAAUACGGCAUUUACAAAAUAAAAAUUUGAAAAUAAUGGAGAAUGGACAACAGUCACAAUUGAUGAUUUCUUCCCAUGCUAUCCUGAAGGAGGCCCAAUAUUUUCUAGGGGUCACGGGAAUGAACUUUGGGUACUUCUUCUAGAAAAAGCAUAUGCUAAGCUUCAUGGAAAUUAUCUCCAACUCAGGAAAGGAUUUACUAAUGAAGCUUUGAUCGACCUCACCGGAUGUCCUAGCUGAUGAUAUGAUUUUAAUGAUGAAUUAAUCAGAAUCCUUAUCACUAGUGGAGAAUUUUGGGAUUUAUUCAAAUCUUUUGAAAGCGAAGGAUAUUUGAUGAGCGCUAGCACUCCUGGAGAAGAAAGGUUCCUAGAGCCAGGAGAAGGAAAUGCUGAUGAAAGUAGUCUCAAGCCAGGUCAUGCUUACAGUAUAGUCUUAGUAAAAGAGACAAAAGGAAAUAAAUUGAUCAACAUAAGAAACCCUUGGGGCAACUUUGACUGGGCUGGAGAUUGGUCAAGCACUUCUCCUCUUUGGACAGAAGAAAUUAGGAAUAAAGUAAAUCCUCAUUUGGAAGAAUCUGAUGGAACUUUCUGGAUGUGCUUCGAAGACUUUAUCAAACAUUUUAGAUCCCUCAAUGUUUGUAGAGUCAGAAAUUGGGAAGAAGUAAGAGUAAAAGGGAAAUUCAUUCGUGUUCAAAAUGUCGAAGAUCCAGAUAUAGAAGUUGUUUUAUCAAAAUGGUAUUAUUCAUUGGAUGUAAAUGAACAAACAAGAGUCUUUCUUGGAGUUCAUCAAGAAGAUGAAAGAGUAGAAAAUACAAGAUUAAGAAGACCUUACCUUGACAUUGGAAUAGCAGUAUUAAGAAGGACUGGAGACAACAAUGUCGAACUCAUUGAUCUCAAAGAUUUAAAUAUUGAAAGACAAUGAGAGCUUGAUGUUACUCUUGAUCCUGGUUCAUAUAUUAUCCUUCCAAGAACGACAGGAUGCUAUUUAAGAAGACCUAAAGGAGCUCCCCAACAAGACAUUCACCUUUUGGAUGAAUAUGAUGGUUUCAAUGACAUUUUUGAAUCAACUCUGAAUGAUAUUUUCAGGAAGUUUGAUAUGCUUCUCAAUAGAGAAUUAUCGUACACUGAAUUCAGAGGAUUUUAUGAAUGAUUAGGCAAAAAUCUAAGCGAAGCAGAAUUUAGAUCAGAGAUUCUUGAGAAAUAUUGUUCUUCUAACAGAGGAAUUACUCUGAGAGGAUUCAAAGAAUUCUGGAGAGAUAGUAUUAAAACAUACGGAACACAGACAAUUUUUGGAUGGCUUGAGAAUUUGGGUUAUGACCAAGACUUAUAUUCCAUUAGAUCGAGAUGAUUUGUGAUGACAAUGCACAGUGAAUCAGAAUUAGCUGUUACAGUAAGAGAUGCUGUCCAGACAGACCUAGAUAAUAGAUGAAAUAUUGCUAUCCUAGCUACAUAUGGACAAGAAGCUGAUAAGACUGAAAAUCUUAAGGCUUAUUACACAUUCUCUGAGCAAAUAAAUGCUUAUAGCUAUGGUGUUCUGAACACCAAUUCAGAAGCAGUCACAGCUCAAAUUGAUUGUUCAGCAUCAGAGGAAGUAAUAUUCAGCACUCGUGGUAAUAUUAUCCGCAAAAGAGUCGAGCCUGGAGAACUUGAGUUCUUCAUGCACACAAUGGGAUUGCCAACCAACCUAAGAAUAGAUGAAAUCUAG